AAUAUAUCAAAUAUGCCAAGAUUACCAGUCCCACCACUCGAUCAAUCAGUUAAUUUAUACUUAAAAUCGAUUAUACCAUUCUUACUCCAAUCAAGCGAAAAAUCAUUAGAAAAAAAUCAAUUUGAAAAAGAGUAUCAAAUAAGAAAAGAAUGGGCAAAUGAAUUAUGUAUGAAAGGAGGAUUAGGAGAAAGAUUACAAGAAAGAUUAAUUGACAUUGAUCGUAGUUCAACUUAUAAUUGGUUAGAUGAUAAUUAUUGGAUUAAAAUUGCUUAUCAUUCUAAUCGAGUUCCAUUACCUAUUAAUUCGAAUUGGUGGAUUUUAAUUCAACCUGAUUCUGAUAUACCAAAUCAAGUGAUUGAAUCUAUACCUGAAAACGGUCGAUUUACUGAUUGGCAAUUACGUAGAGCAUCAGUUUUAAUAAAUCGAACGAUGAUCUUUAAACAAAAAUUAGAUAAUCAAGAAAUCAUACCUGAAUCCUCUCGUGCAGGUCGGUUUUGUAUGCAUCAGUAUGACUGCCUAUAUGGAAUCACUCGAAUACCUAACAAACCAUCUGAUCAACUUAACAUUCCUUCAUCAAACUCUCGUCAUAUUGUCGUCAUGAUUAGAGAUCAUAUCUAUACUCUUGAUGUUUUGGAUCGAGAGUUUUGUCCUUUAUCUUCAAAGCAGAUCGAGUCACGUCUUUGGUCAAUCGUUAAUCAUGUCACUCUACAGCCUCCUACUCCUUCGAUCGGUUGUCUUACUGGUCUCGAUCGUGAUAGCUGGACAGAAAUUCGAGAACAUCUUCUAAGCCUACCCGGUUCUACCAACAGGACCUCAAUGAAUUUAAUAGAAGAUGCAUUAUUUGUACUUUGUCUAGAAGAUUUUACUCAACCAGGUGGAACCAAAGGACAUAUCAAAGUAGCAUCUACUAAUGGAAACGGAUGUAAUAGAUGGUUCGAUAAAUCAUUUGCAUUUAUUGUAGAAAACAAUUCAAGAGCCUCUGUACUAGGAGAACAUUCACCUUGUGAUGCACUUAUACCAGCGAUCUUGACGGAUUUUGUUUUGGCUGAAGGUGUGGGAUCUGGUUGGUGUGAUCCGAAAGUCAAAGAAGAUAGUCAUAGAAUAGAAUUUAAUGAUUGGAAAAAACUAGAAUGGGUCACGGAUUCUAAAGUUCUUGAAACGAUUGAAAACGCAAAAGAAACAGUUCAAAGUAUCUCUGAUGAUAGUGAUGCUGAUGUUUUACGGUUUGAAGGUUAUGGGUUAGAUUUUAUUAGACAAUCUGCUCGACUCUCGCCUGAUGCUUAUAUUCAAAUGGCAAUGCAAUUAGCUUGGUAUCGACAAAUUGGAACUGUGGUCUCAACUUAUGAAACUGGUCUCACUAGACUUUUCAAGCAUGGUCGAACGGAUGUGAUUAGAACUCUAAGUAAAGAGAGUUAUGAAUUUGUCAAAGCAAUGAGUCAUGCAAAAACUCGACCAUUAGAAGUUUAUAACUUCUUAGUAGAAGCAGUUGCUAAUCAUAAUAAAUAUACCAAAGAAGUUAGUCUUGGACGAGGAUUCGAUCGACAUUUUCUUGGACUUAGACUUCAACAUCGACCUGAGGAAGAUGGACCAUUACCUUUACUCUUUACUGAUCCUGUCUUUCAUCAGAGUGCUGAAUGGCAAUUGAGUACGAGUGGAUUGAGUGCUGGUGAUCGGUUCACAGGUACUGGAUUCGGAUGUUAUGGAAGAGGAUACGGAAUUAAUUAUUUGGUUGGAACCAAAAUGGUGAAGUUUGGAAUCGAAACAAAAAAAUCUGAUGUAAGAACUUCAAGUAAAUCGUUUGGUGAAGAACUUUGUAAAGCACUUUGGGAUAUGAAAGAAGUUUGUGAAUCGAUUGAAGUCAAAGAAUUUAAUGGAUCAAUUGAUCAAAGUUUAAGGUCUAAACUUUAAUUAUCUAGAAUCUUGGAUUUGUUUUUUUCUUGGGAAUGGAUGGGUUUUUUUCGAAGUGAUGAAAGAAAAGGUGUAUACCCAAAUUUGUGGAAAUUAAAGUAAGGUUAUAAUCAAAACGAGUUUAUGUAAUUACAAUUCUGGAUUGAAUUUUUGGUAGAUUUCUUGAAAUGGAUUCGAACUCCAAAGUGAUAUGCAUUCGAGUAUAUACAAUAAAUCGAGUUUUGCAAUUGAUUUCAUCGUGUUGAUAAGAUUGGAUCUCC